UUUAUCGAUCAAUCCGCGGUCACACUGCGUUCGACAACAAUUGCGCUCAAAUUCAGGGGAGAAAAUUAUCUGCCAUAAAUAAAAGCGAUGCGCGCCGCCUCAAUGUGUAAUGUGUUUUUUUUUUUUAGCUAAUUAGCGUACUGAGUACGUACAAGUGUAAAUAUAUUAAGUGCAAUAGCAACAGAGAAACAGUGCAAAGGCGGACGAGAGACGUGAAAAAAACGACUCACAAAUAGACACUCAGCACCCACACAGACGCUGCCACCUGUGUGUGUGUGCGUGUGAGCAUUUUUCGUGUGUAUAAGGAAAACGAGUGCAAUUGAUUUUCGUGCAAGAGUCGAACUCGGAAUCCGAGUCCGAGUCGGAGUCUGAAUCGCUAACCCACUCAAAACAAACGGCGGGAAGAAGAAGUAGAAGUAGAAAUGUCUGCGGCGGUGGAUGGUGCCGCAGGUGGGGGUGGGGGUUCAGCGAACGGCGGCGGCAGCUCUGGCGGUGACAAUGGCGGCAAUGGCAGCACCACUGCAUCGGGUGGUAACGGUGGCUCGAAUAAAACACAUCUGCCCCUCACGCCGCGCUUCACACCCGAGGAGAAGGAGGUCCUAUACACGCUCUUCCACCUCCACGAGGAUGUCAUCGACAUUAAGCACAGGAAGAAGCAACGCAACAAGUACUCCGUCCGCGAGACCUGGGACAAGAUCGUGCGCGACUUCAAUUCUCAUCCGCAUGUCAGUGCCAUGCGCAACAUCAAGCAGAUCCAGAAAUUCUGGCUAAACUCGAGGCUCCGCAAACAGUAUCCGUAUCGCGAGAACACCUCCGCUUAUAGCGGUGGCGCCGGUGGUGCUGGUGGCGGUGGCGUUGGCCGGGCCAAACAGCAGCGCACCGUUGCGGUCAAGGUGGAACCCGAUUUCGCCAUCAGCCCCGAUGAAUCGGAGCCCAAUGCCCAGGGCGACACGUUCGAUGAGAUCGAGAUGGAUGCCAACGAUGUCAGCGAUGACAUCGAGGAGGACCCCAUAGAGGUGCAGCAGCAGCAGCAGCAAGCACACGCGCAGGCUGAGGCCGAGGCCCAGGCCCAAGCCCAGGCACAGCAGCAACAGCAACAGCAACAGACGGCAGCCGUCGAGAUGCAAAAGAUGCAGAGUGCCGCAGCGGCGGCUGUGGCUGCUGCCAAUGCCAAUAUGCUCAACACCCACCAGAUCAAUGUGGAUCAGAUCAGUGCGGAGAAGCUCACCCUCAACGAUUUGCUGCACUUUAAGACGGCGCGACCGCGCGAGGAGAUCAUACUGCAGAUCAAGCAUCCCUCGGAAGCGACAGCCACACAGAUCCAUACGAUACCCACGCAGGCGCAACAGCAUACCAUGGCCACCAUCACCGCUGGGGGCUACAACCAGCAGAUCAUCAGCGAGAUCAAGCCCCAGCAGAUCACUCUCGCCCAGUACCAGGCCCAGCAGCAGCAACAGGCCCAAGCACAGGCCCAGGCGCAGGCCCAGGCACAGGCGCAGGCCCAGCAGUUGGCACAGGCCCAACAGAUGGCGGCGGCCCAGCAGCAGCAUCUGGCGGUUGCAGUGCAUCACCAGCAGCAGCAGCAGGCGGCGGCCGUUGUCGUUCAGCAGCAGCAGCAACAACAGGCGCAACAACAGCAGCAACAGCAGCAGCAGCAGGCGGCUGUGAAGAUGCAGCUGACUGGCGGUACGCCCACCUUCACAUUCAGCGCCAUGCCCACGGUGACGGCGGCCACGGCGGUGCCCGUGGCAACGGCCACGAUACCCAAUUCGGGCAGUCCCGGCCGCAAUGGGUCGAGUUGCGGUGUCGGGGCUAGUGGAUCGGCGGCUGGAGAUGGCUACGAGGAGCGGAUGAACUACUUUAAGGUGCGGGAGGCAGAGCUGCGGUGCAAGGAACAGCAGUUGACCACCGAAAAGAAGCGGAUCGAGCUGAACAAGGCCCAGGAUGAGCUCAAGUAUAUGCGGGAGGUGCACAGGCUGCGCGUCGAGGAGCUCAAGAUGAAGAUCCGCAUACUGCAGAAGGAGGAGGAGCAGCUGCGCAAGACCAGCAGCUCAUGAGAUGAUCUUCUGGAGGGUGCCACUGCUGCAGCGGCAGCAGACGAAGAGCACGAGCAACUGGAGGAGGAUGAGCAGCAGCAGCA